CGAUAUUUUGCCUCACUUCCAAGAUGAGCUCACAUCUCUCUCCAUUGCGCCCAACCUUCGGACAGGCAGCCCUGCCUAGUGGGGGCCCAAGAACCAUGAAGCUGGGUUUUUUGCUUCUUCCAUGCCAGCUUAUUGCUUAUUAGCCCGCGGUCUAAGCAAGGCACGGCACGGGCUGCUGGGACUCGCAACUAUUCUCCCUCGCCAUCUUUCCCUACUUUAGCUCCCGCCCCGCCCAAAUUGUCUUCAGACCCUGGGUACGGAUACCUCGCCUUAGCCAACAAGUCAUGUACGGACCCUGGCUUCGACCCCCCGGUUGCACUGCUUGCUCCCAUCGCCCUAUCCCGGCUCGCAAGAACGCCUCAAGUGAGAUCUUGGGAAACAGGAAGAUCUCGUAUAACUGCGGCAGAUUGCAGUAGUAUCUCGAUCGGAUCCCACCUACCAAGACCACGGGAAGACUGACGUGACACGACCCGGGUUUCUGUAUAGGCAAGACAUAUCUCAUCACAACCACGGCAAGCCCACCCACCCUUUACGCGCCCUUCCUAUACACUACCCUGGAAUGUCGCAGACUUGACUGAGAUCCAGUAAGUAUUGGUUACACUCUCCUCAUACACCCUUCACCGCUCUCGCUUCCUGGAGAGGCGAAGCAAUUCAUUCCUCUGCAAAGGGGCCCAAGAUGCCUCACCAUGCUAUUGUUUCUUUUCUUCCUUCCCGCGCUCCUGGUCUACAAGCCGCAGCUAGAGUUGCCUCCCGAGUGGCUCUCCAUUGCGAGGGAACGUAUUUAAAGCCACGAGUGUACCCCACGGUUGAUGCUUCCCCGAUCUCUCAUUCCCAAGUCGUACCCGCCGCAUUGCGUCUGAUCAAGGAUCAGUUCAACACAGCAACUCGACCUUCAUCACCGCCCCAAGAAUUGCCUUGGCCUGCCUUCGCGAGCUCACAAUGCCUUCCUCGAAGCCUUUGAAGAUCAAGCCCUCCGAGGUUGCGGCGGACACCAAGAAGAAACUGAUCCCAGAAGUCAACAGAUACUUCCGCGAGGAGUGGCCCCCGUACUCGGUUCUCUACUCUCAGCCGCUACUCCAGCUUCCGCUCAGCCGCCCGGCCUUCAUGAGCUCAGACUUACCCAACUUCUAUGUCGUGCAUAGCGAUCCUGUAGACUGCGCACUGGGCUGGGCUCAAAGUGAAGGAGUUCGGAUCCCCUUCAUCUGCGCCGCGAACGAGAAGCGACCCGGAGGUGAUUGGGAGACAGGUGUUGUCGGUUACGAGGAGAGAUUAUGCCGUCGCAGCAAUCUGUCAGCAACGUUGGGCUCUCCCCAUCCGGAUACAUGCAUGCCAACCAACUACCCGAUCCCGAUCGAAGGAGCCAUCUAUUCUCCCGAUGUUGUUCGUUUCCGCCAGUUCCAAGACAGGAUCGAGUCAUUGGACAUGAAAGAUUGGAGGUCGCUGCCAGUUAUUUCCAUGCCGCCAGCUCGGUGGCCGAAGCUCACAGACAUGGGACGAAAGUACUCUUUUUCGGAAGAGCGAGAAUUGGUACGGAACAAGAUGCGCGCCGCCUUGCGAAUCUGCGUGUUCAACGGCUACAACCACGUUGUGAUCGGCGACUUUGGCCUUGGCAAUGGCUACCGCAACCCGCCCAAGGAGCUGGCGGAGUUGUGGCGCGAAGUCUUCCUCUACGACCCCGAAUUGAGGGGCCAGUUUCUCGCCGUCAUGUUCGCUUUCGAAGACGACAGACAAUGCACAGCCAAGUUUAUCCUCGACGACAUCGCCAAGAAGACGAAAGGGAGCAGCAGCAGCAGCUCUUCGAAAAGCAAGUCAAAGAGCUCGUCAUCAUCAAGUUCUAGCGGCAGUUCAUCCAGUCACAAGAGCGACUUCAAAAUCUUCAGCGAAAUCUUCGCGACGAGCGAGAUAGCCAGAGUUCGGAGCCAACCUGACCCACGCUACGCCUUCUCUGCAAUUAUGGAUGGGUCUUGACCGAUUUGCCCUUGGCGCAUCCUCGACCGGGUUAAUGUCUCACCCAUGGGUACUCGAUGUGAGCCGGUGAGACCUGGCCGUACGUCAGGCUGGCUGAGGCGGUAUACCCUGGGCAGAUUCUUGUCUCGCCGUACGACCUGUCAUGUCAACACAUGGCUACCAGAAAGGUGUUUGUGUCUCGCAACACAGUCUAUUCAGCACUACUAACGACUGAUUCCCUGUCCAAGUGCGUUGAUUGGCCCGCAAUGACCGGGCAGGGGGCUCUAUUUUUUGCAUUAUUCGACCGGGCUUUCAGUUCAGCGGCCCACGCUGGUUGCUUUUUCCGCCCUUGCACGUCGGGCUGAAGCUACUUGCGAUCUCGAGGGUCCCCGGAUCUACAACGUCGGGCGUCAAUUGCCUGUUCCGGCCAGUAGGCUCGGAGGGCUUCAAUAGUGGUCUUCGAAGUUGUUUGCCUAUUUCCUUUUUCUUCUCAUCUCGAUUUUCGCGGGAAUUCGCUUGCUCUCACUGGCGCACAUCAUUACACGCUUGACUUCGGG